AUGACCAUUAUGGACCCGCACAAGGCAUGGGAGAUCCCCGUGGGAAAGAGGGUCGUGAUGGAUUAUAAUCCAGGCUGGCAACCCGUAGGAUUUAGCGCCAAUAAAUUUAGACGGCAAACCGGGAAGCUAAUAAGGAGCGGAAACUAUGUGCAUUUACGAGACGAUUGGGCGCAUGUGGACUUUUACAUCCCACCAAAUUAUGAUUUACAAAAAGUAAAACGAGAUGCGUUUCGGGAUAUAGGUUUAAAGCUCAAGAAUUGGAGACACAGCACAAAAGUUAAAUUAGGCAUUCAACGGGGCGAUACUCCUGAGAUGGUACGAGCAAGAGUAGGGGCAAGAAGACUCUCCAACUAUCGCCCUGAGGACGUGGAUGCGUUGUUGAAUAAAUGGUGUGACGAAGAGUAUCAGGAGUAUGCUGACCAUAUGAAGCAAUUACGAGCAUUGCAAAAUACUCCUCAUUGCACGGGGACCAAAAACUAUGCGAGGUUGUCACACGAAGAAACUGUCAAGGAUGGCACUCCUCCUACGCGAGCACAAGCGUACAUAAAAACUCACACGAAGAAGGAUGGAAGCUAUCCAAAUGAUAUAGUAAAAGAGAGAUGUGAAAGGAUGGUGAUGCUAAUGCCAACCGACUCUGCCGAAUCGUCAAGCGUAACACAAGGAAUGGUACGUUGGAGACAUGACGAUGCGUAUGCCCAGGAGCUUGGCAACAAGCCGGAGUACGCCGGCAGAGUUAGGCAGGUUGGACCAAAUAUUUGGCCUGUGCGAGGGUCCAUACGCUCUUACCAUACACCAUCACAGCCGCAUUCACAAAAUCAAGGGCACGCCGUCUUUUUGCAAGAAAUGUUUGUUUCUGAGAUGGAGAGUGCACUCGAGGUUGAGAGGGCACGACACAGUUCUGAGAUGGAGAAAGCACUCGAGGCUGAGCGGGCAAGACAAGCUUCUGAGAUCGAGAGAGUACUUGAGGGUGAGCGGGCACGAUACAAGUUACAAAUGGAUGAGGUGUUGGCAGCACAAUCUCAGAUUAUGUCCCGUUUUAGCCAAAUGGAGUCAUUGUGGCGCCAAUCAGUAUCCGUGCCUGGAGUCUCUCAUGAUAAUAUAGUUCCAGACAAAAAUUCUGCACAUCAUAUGAAUGUGUCAUCUGUUGAUAGCUGA